UUGAACACUUCAGAGUAGGGUGCGAUUUCGGACAGCGGACACUUUAAACACCAUGGUAACGUGACGCUGAAUUGAAUUUAUAUACAUGUCACUUUAGCUAGGAAGCUUUGAAAAAUGUCCCCUCGCAGUUUCUGAAGCCAAUGUUAAAUAAGUGACAAUAAGGAUAUGUCUCAGAAAGGACUCAAAGUGGUCGUCGAACUACAUCUUAGAGCAAUAACCUGCCCUGGUGUGCACUUACCAGCCAAAGAUGACAUAUACCUCAGCUUGCGCCUGAUGAGCCAGUACAAAAAGUCUGAAUGUCUACCAGCAGUAUUUCCAUUACUGUUAAGGAUGAAAAUGAGGUUUGAAAAGAUAUUCAAGUAUGCUAUAGAUCCUGCAGCUGUUGCUGAAAUCUUACAAUGUGAAACAGUUAAAGUUGAACUUAUACAGUUGAUUCCUCCAGCUGGGUAUGUACUGGCCAGUUAUGAGGAAGAUGCUCGAAGUUUUCUCUUCCCUGAGCCUAAGUUGAUCCCAUCUUUUUCUGGGGGAGGCCGAGAAGUUCUAAUGACGAGGGAUCCUUCUUUUCCUGGAAUUUCGCCAAGGUUAGAAUUCUCUACUAGGACGACAAUCAGCGAGUGCUCAGAAAGAGAUACUUUCCAGAGUGCCCCUGUGAGAGUAAUGACUAGGAAAAGCGCCAAGAAGCCCAGGUCACAGGGCCACUCUUGUCACCAUUCCUCUGCAUCGUGGAGGCAUGAAGGCCUCUGGAGCACAGGGAGGGAGAGAGAGGUACCUAGCUCCCGCUCGCUCUCCCCAUUUCUGAGUGCUGGGUCAAACAAGAUCAACUCGUCUCCUCAAACACAUAGACAGAGAAAAGAUUCAUGGUCUAGGGAUACAUCUCACUGUUCACCAGGUAGAAGCAGCAGGAUAAGAAGCCCAUCGCCUCAUGACUCUACCGUGGAAUCAGGAAACAUUAGAAGAAGUCACUCCAGUCCUUUGGUCCCUAAUGAUGGCUCCUCUUCAGACACAGAUGAUCACCUUUAUUCCAGUGAGGACCUGGGCCAGCGCACUUCCCUCUUGGGAUGUGAGAGAUCUUCCAACACAGCAAAACAUUCUAACAUGACAAGCCCAAAGACAAACAGUCCUCUCUCAUGUGCCACAAAUGCAUGGGAGGAGGUUCAGGAGCGAGUACAGAGUCUCCUCACAUCUCCCAAUGCAGUGCACAGGCUGGCCUAUGGUGCCACAGAAGAUGAAAUAGAUGAGGUGUUAGCACGGAGGUCUAUUUCAUACACCUUAAGCCAAGAGAAAAAACAUCUAUCUAAGAAAAAAACAUGAUAUGAUAGUGUAUCCAUGGAUUCUUGAAGGCCAUUCCUCUCUGGUCUCUAAAGCAGCCAAAGAUGCCCAACCCAUUUCAGCAUUGAUUUUUGUCAUCUGCACCAUGUUUUGUUCUCUGUGUGGGCGUGUGUUUAUGUGUGUGUACACAUCUGUGUGAAGUCUGUCAUAGUUGUGAAAUGAAUAUUCGAGUUGCCUACACCUUGUGUUAUUGAUUGUGGUUUGAAAAGCCCUGUUCUGCUUUUAAAAUGUACUCGGAUAAU